UUGAAAAGAGUAAAGCUGGAGCCCGAGGAAAGAAAUGUCUCUGAUAGAAUACAAGCGAGAAAAGAAUGGGUAGAUGAAGCUAUAGCAAUGGGUGUGGAUUACAUGAACAACUGUAUAUUAAUUGAUGAGGUUGGUUUCAACGCUGACUUAAGAAAAACCCAAGUUUGGGCACCUGUGGGAGACACCCCUAUAGUAAAAGUGCUCUCGGAUAGAGCCAACUCAUUUUCAAUUUUGGGUGCCACAUUUGCGAAAGGUCUUUUUAAAAUAUGCCUGAAAAAC